CGCCCAAGAUAGCGUCGCAGGCGCGCUCGAGUUCUCGACUCUAUAGCGGCGGGUGUGGCUUUUCUGGGGAAGCGUCUACUGUCUCGCGUCCCCGCAUCCCGGAAAAGCGAUCCCAGGGGCACGGUUCGCACGUGGCUGCAGACUCCCGGCAUGUUUAAGAGCUGGGGAUCCGCGGGCUGGCAUGAUUCCUGUUCUACCUGCAGCUCAUCCCCACCCCCCUCUCGUCGAUAGAGUCCCAACAAUCCGCAGGAGCGCGGCAAGAUGGCUGAGAAGACACAUCCCUACGGGGAACACGUCGACACGGUAUCGGAUCCUUCCCAGGAUGCAGAGAAGCACUUCAAGCCGGAGGAUGCAGCCGUUGGCGCAAACCUCGAGCUGGACGAAGACGCCCUCCCACCAGGCUACUUCCGCUCCAAGUUCUUCAUCGGCACCAUGGCGGGCAUCGGCCUAGGGCUCAUGGCUGGCGUCGCAGCAUACGGCUAUGCGGCGCCCAUCCUCGGUCUUAUCAACGAGGAUAUCGGCCCUGACCCAAACAUCGUCUGGGUAGCCCUCUCAUACACGCUAACCUCCGCCGUCACCCUCACCAUCAUUGGCCGCGUAUCCGAUAUCUUCGGCCGCCGCUGGAUAUUCGUCGGCGGCGCCGCCCUCGGAGUCAUCGGAAGCAUCGUAUGCGCGACUGCAAAGAACGUCAACACGCUGAUCGGCGGAACGACCAUCAUGGGCAUCGCGGCCGCUACCCAGCUUUCCUACUUCUACGUCAUGGGAGAGCUGGUGCCCAUGAAGUAUCGGCUUGCCGGAAACGCGUUUUGCUAUCUCUUCUGCUUCCCCGGAUCCGGUGUCGCGCCGCUCAUCUCGAACGCGUUUAUCCAGUACCAGCCCAAGACCGGCUGGCGAGGCUGCUACUAUCUGCUCAUCGGCAUAAACCUUGCUUCGUUCCUGUGCUGGUUCUUCUUCUACCAUCCUCCGACGUUCCGGAUGAAGCAUGGGCAGAACGCAUCAGUUAUUGAGUACAUCAAGAAGUUUGACUAUGUUGGUACGACGCUGUACACUGGCGGUCUUCUCAUCUUGCUGAUGGGUCUGAGCUGGGGUGGGACUGUCUAUCCCUGGUCGUCGUCGUACGUCAUUGCCACCAUCGUCGUAGGGUUUGUGGCCUUGGUCGCCUUCGUCCUUUGGGAGUGCUUUGUCGAUCUCAAAGAGCCGCUCGUCCCGAUGCGCAUAUUCAGCAAUUACUCCUGGAAUGCCUCGGUCAUACUCACCGGUCUCGGAGCCUCGGUAUACUACGCCUUCGCCAUCGUCUGGCCCUCAAUGGUCGCCGUAUUGUACUCUGACCGCAGCGUCAUGGCCAGUGCCGGCUUAUCCUCGUUUGUCGGACUCUUCAUCGUAUGCGGGCAAGUUGUGGGCGGCUUCUCGGGAAAGAAGAUCGGUUACUUGAAGUGGCAGUGCGUGAUCAAUAUCGUGCUAGGAGCUAUCUGCUUUGGCUCCAUGGCAACGUGCGGCGUAGGAACCGCGACAAGAGCUUCGGUGCUUGUAGCAUUUGGCGUCUUCUUCAUCGGAUGGACCGAGGGCGCGGCCAUCACGAUUGUCACCCUAGCUGCGAAAGAUCAGUAUGCACUGGGAACUUCAGCCGGCAUUGCAGGCUCGAUUCGCUUUCUCAUCUCGUCCAUCGCAGCGACCGUCUACUCGGUCAUCUUAUCGAACCGGCUCGCAACCACGAUCGCAGCACAGGUGCCACCAGCGCUCAUCGGAGCAGGACUCCCGGCCUCCUCGGUAGCAGCCUUCAUCUCCGCUUUUUCGGUCGGAGCGUCCGCCUUCGAAGCCAUACCUGGCAUCACGCCGGAGGUCCUAGCAGCCGGGACCGCUGCGUAUCAGCAUGCAAACGCAGACGCGUAUCGCACGGUCUUCCUUUCGAAUAUUGCGUUUUCGGGCGUGGCGAUUAUCUGCAGUUUGCUUCUACCGAACGUCGACCAUCUCCUUACGGGGCAAGUAGCUACGACGCUUCACAAGGGCCGUGAUGAGGACCAUAUUGCCGGCGAGUGAGGGGGCUCGGGUACAAACGCUGGUGAUGUGUUUAUCUGCUCUUCCAUGAGCUGGGGUUACCUUAAUCAGUAGUAGCGUCCAUCCUAUACAUUGUGCGCUUUCACUCACCGCUUCCUCACGUGUUACGAG